AUGCGCAUCAUUUCCAUAUUUGCUGCCCUCCUAGCCGUUGCCUUCGCUUCCCCCAAUCUAGAAGCCAGACAGCAGGGCGAAAGCUGUGAGGUCGUCCACGGAGCUUCAUGCGCGUCCAAGGGCUUGGUCCAGUGUGGUUCUUCUUCCGGGAAUGUCCGGGCCUGCUGUGUAUGUUCUCUUAAUCCCGACUACUAUUGCUGCGAGCGGGAAUUUCUAACUGCCGCAGAAACGCUGCUACUAAACGUCUUUCGUGGUGUGGAAGGAGCCAAGGAUUGCCGCCUGAUGAACAGUCCCAGCAAGUCAACACUGGAUUACAUGGCAAUGAAUGUCUCUAGGUAG